AUGGAGCUCGCAAAGAUUCAUGGUGUUCAAUUUUCACUUGCUGCCAACGCUUUAAAAACAUUUACUUAUGUGGACGAUGUCCUCACGGGGGCAUUCAGCACCGCUGAAACUGUUCGCUUAAAACAGGAACUUAUUGACUUGCUAAAACUGGGUAGCUUUGAGCUUCAUAAGUGGUGUUCCAAUGAGCACAGUGUCAUUGGUGACAUUCCAGAAGACAAAAGGCACUUUGAAGAUGUAGACCUCAAUAAGGAUUCAUUAACCACCAAGACACUAUGCAUCACACAUGAAGUUCAGUCCGACAAGUUCAAAAUAACAGCUCCUCCAAAUGAUACUGGUUUGAAGUCUCCUACAAAGCGUAAGAUCCUAAGCUACAUCAGCAAUUUUUUUGAUCCAAUGGGCCUCACCAGUCCCGUCUUUGUAAAGGCCAAAAACUUUCUUCAAAAGUUAUGGCAAAGUAAUUUGGACUGGGAUACACCUCUCCCAGCGUAA